AUGGCAAUUCCCAGCCAUUUCUGGAAUUUCUUAGUGCAGAUUUGCUUCGCGAUUCUCGCUUUCAACUACGAAUGCAAUGGCCAAAACAUCCCAAGAUUUAGUGCCAUUUUUGCCUUUGGUGAUUCGGUCUUAGAUACUGGUAACAACGACUACUUGAAUUCAAUAGCUAGAGCCAAUUAUCAGCCAUAUGGCACAAAUUUCCCAGGCAAAAUCGCCACCGGAAGGUUUUCUGAUGGGAAACUUGUGCCAGACCUUCUAGCAUCCUUGCUAGGCCUGAAGGAACUUGUGCCCCCUUAUCUACAGCCAAAUCUAACUGAUCGCGAACUGCUAACAGGUGUUUCCUUUGCAUCAGGUGGCUCAGGAUUUGAUGAUCAAACCUUUGCCAUUGCAAAUGUAAUUACAUUGCUAAAGCAACCAGGAAAUCUUCAGGAUUACCACAAGAGGCUGACAAAUGUUGUAGGGAGACAAGAGGCUCAAAGAAUUGUCAAUCAGGCUCUGGUUCUUUUGCAUGCAGGAGCCGUUGAUUUCCUAUACCACUUCGAUGUCUUAAGGACUAAUCGAAGAAUUCAGUUCACUGUAAACAACUACCAGGAUUUUCUUCUGGGCAAAUUGCAAGAUUUUUUAAAGGAGUUGUAUGAUCUUGGCUGCCGCAGGAUUAUUGUAUCAAACCUGCCACCACUUGGCUGUUUGCCCAUCACAAUGACUGUAAAUUCCGACAAUUUGGGGAGGAUCCCAAUCACUCCAAUUUGUGGGAACACUUCCCAGUAUUUAUUUUGGGAUAGCAUUCAUCCAACUGAAGCAGCAUACCGGAUUGUGGCCAAGGAAAUCUUGAAUAAGUUGGUGGAAAGCAAUUAA